CAAAACUUAAUGGGCAAGUACCAUGUGAAAAAGUUGUUCUAAAUGACAAUAGCUAACCAAAAGCCAUUACUUUUAAAUCUUGAUUCUAUAAUCUUGAGAACGCCCCAUUGCUAUAUAAAGGGUCCCCUUAUGUUUCCUACUUAUACUCAAGACUAAUCCUUUUUCUUUCCCGAAAAAAACAUUUGUAACGUAAUUCAUGUCUACUGAAGAUAAGAAGUACUAUACACAAAACGCUACUUUUGAUGUUAAAGAAAAGCUCAAUUUUGUGAGAGAUGGAGCCAUCAAAUUGCCACCAGGGUUUAGGUUUCAACCCACUGAUCAAGAGAUUGUGUUUCAAUAUCUGGUUCGUAAGGUCUUCUCUUGUCCGUUGCCUGCCUCCAUCAUCCCUGAAAUCAUCAACAUUUGCAAGUUCAAUCCUUGGGAUUUACCAGGUGAGUGGGAGCAAGAAAGAUACUUCUUUAGCAAGAAGGAGGCCAAGUAUGGGCAAGGAAAUAGAGUAAAUAGAAAGAGUGGUGAUGGGUAUUGGAAAGCAACUGGUUUUGAUAAGCAUAUCACCAGAUGUUGCAGUAACAAUACCAUUUCAAGAAAGAAAGAUACCAUAACAGGGAUGAAGAAGACGCUCGUUUUCUAUAAAAACAAACCAUCAACGACUAGAACUCAUUGGAUCAUGCAUGAGUAUCACCUUGUUCAUUCACCUGCUUCACCGACAACCACCACCAACGAUAAGAAAUCUUGGAUUCAGUUGGGAAAUUGGGUUUUGUGUCAUGUAUUGUUGAACAAAAGAAGUCGAAAAUCCUUUGUAGAUUAUACUGGGAAGAGGUUGGGCUCACAGGAACAAAUGCGUCCAAAUUUUACGAAUGAUGAUGAUGAUGAUGAUGAUGAUGAUGGAAUUUCAAUCAAUUGCGACGAAACUACUUCAUCUUCUUCAUCAUGUGGUUCUAGUGUGGUUACUCAAGAAGAGUCCUCGAGUAGAGAGCUAUUAGAUGAUGAAGAAACGAAUUAAGAAUGAGUAGUUUAAUCUAAUUAAUGUAACCUUUAUCAUUUAAGAAAAUGAGUUGUCGAGAGGAAAUGACUAGUUUUAAAAUGUAAUAUAUAUAGUUCAAGAAUUUGCUUGUAUAUUACAUCACUGAUUAUUGCUACAAUUGAAUUAACAUAUUCAUAAUUUAUAUCAUAUAUUUGAUGGAAGUGAAAAUUAGCAGAUUGCAUGAUCAGAAUAUAUUUUGACGAUACGUGUUAAUAUACCUGUCGAUAUAUAUUUAAUGGUGGUAGGAGUAGAACCUCUUCAACCUAUUCAAUCCAAUGUCACAUCUGCUUUAUAUCAGUUUUUCUAUAUCCCAAUCCACAACACAUGGAAACAGUCUUUUUCUCAACCCACAAAACAUGGGUGUGAAUAUGGCUUAUGUUGCUGCUAUGGAAGAUUAGGUUGGAAUUUGCAUGUUUUUAGGCCUUUGCAAUGGC